AUGACCGAUGUACAACUGAUAAGCAAAUUCAAAAAGAUAGAGAAGCUCGUUUAUGAGACUGCUGUAUACUCCAAGCGAGUAGACUUUCUCAAAGAGAAUGGUCUAUCUGUGACAGGUUCAUCAAUGUUUGAUGAAGAGGAAGAAUUACUGUUUCCACUAGAUAUAGGCAAUGAUAUACAUCACAAGAUACUAAAGGUGUAUAAUGAAUACAAAUCGUUUAUAGAGUCACUAGAGAAGUAA